AAAAAAUGUCGUCAGUACAAUAUUGAAUAUUUAAAAUAUGGAUUUACGAAAUCUCCCACAAACCAAUUAUUACCAAUGUGUUUAAUUUGCCAGAAAGUAUUCUCAAAUGAAGCCAUGAAGCCUUCUAGACUCCAAGAACACUUGAAUAAAAUUCAUGCUGAUAAGGACAAAGAUUUAUCCUAUUUUCAAGGACUUGAAAAGAAAUAUUUAAAACAGCCAACUAUAUCGAACCUUUUUGCAUCGUGUUCUAAACAAGAAAAUGAUGGAUUACGAGCUUCAUAUAAUAUUUCAUUAUUAAUUGCAAAAUCGGGAAAACCACACACAAUUGGUGAAGAAUUAAUAAUCUCGGCAGUCAAGGAGGUAAUUGAAACUGUCCUUCAUCAUAAGACUCCAUCAGAUAUCAUCAAAAAAAUUCCUUUGAGUAAUAAUACAGUACAAAGAAGAAUCGAUGAAAUGGCUAAAGACGUUGAACUAUCAUUAUGUGAGUACUUACAGACUUCCAAGUUUUCCAUUCAACUCGAUGAAUCAACAUUACCAAAUAAUGAAGCACUACUUUUGGCUUACGUCCGAUUCAUAAAAGAAGAAAAAAAUUGCCAAGAGUUAUUAUUUGCAAAAAAUUUGGAAACCGAUACAAAGGGAGAAUCCAUAUUCAAUACCAUGCAUGUUUUUUUUCAAGAAAAAGGAAUUCCCAUUAGAAAUAUUUUGUCAGUUGCUACAGAUGGUGCUCCAGCAAUGACGGGACGUCAUAAGGGUUUCAUUGCGCAUUUAAAACAAGCAGUACCAAAUGUACUCGCUGUACAUUGUGUUAUACAUCGUCAGCACUUGGUUGCAAAAAAUCUUAAUGAACGCCUGCAUACGUCGCUCCAUUACGUUAUUAGAUCUGUUAAUAAGAUAAGGAGCAAUUCAUUAAAUGACAGAUUAUUUGGGCAACUUUGUAGUGAAAAUGAUGAAGACUAUAACCGCUUGUUGCUGCACACAGAAGUACGAUGGCUAUCGAAAGGUGUUUGUCUCAAUCGAUUUUUCAAUCUAUUCCACUCAGUGUUGGACUUCCUUGAAAAUAGAGACGAUGAACUGCGUGGAAAUUUGAUUGCGUCCAAAAAUGACAUAGCUUAUAUGACAGACCUUUUUAAAAUAUUUAAUGAAGUUAAUUUACAAUUGCAAGGUGAUGAGUUGAAUUUGAUAAAGACCAAAAAUGUCAUAGCUGCUUUUGUGGGAAAACUUCUUUUAUUCAAACGAAAUCUAGGAAGAGGUGAAUUCCUCAAUUUUCCGACAUUAUCAGCAUUAUCGGUAGGAAAAGAAGAUUUAAUGACUUACUGCCAACACCUGGGCGCUCUUCAUGUGGAUUUUACAGAGCGCUUCCAGGAUAUUUUAAAUAUGAGUAUACCAAGCUGGAUUUUAGACCCUUUCGAAAAUGCGGGUACAGCAGAAUCAUCAAAUUUAGAAGAAGAACUCAUAGAACUCACAACAAAUGAAGAAUUAAAAGUGAAAUUCAGAAACGGAUACCAAGAGUUCUGGCUCCAAAAAUCAAUAUCAACUCUUCACCCUGGGUUGUGGGAAAUAGUACAGAAAUUUUUGAUUGCAUUUCCUUCAUCAUAUUUGGUUGAGCGUGGUUUUAGUGCAGUAGCUAAUUUGCUAUCUAAGAAAAGAAAUAGACUGCAAAUCACUGAGCGAGGAGAUUUGCGACUGGUGUUAACUAAAAUGAAACCCGACGUUAACAGAUUGUUAAAUCUGCAUCAACCUCAACCGUCUCAUUAA